AUGUCUAUAGAGAAGAUCUGGGCCCGAGAGAUCUUGGACUCCCGUGGGAAUCCCACCGUGGAGGUGGAUCUCUAUACUGCCAAAGGUCUUUUCCGGGCUGCAGUCCCCAGCGGAGCCUCCACUGGCAUCUAUGAGGCCCUGGAGCUAAGGGAUGGGGACAAACAGCGUUACUUAGGCAAAGGUGUACUGAAGGCAGUGGAUCACAUCAACACGACCAUUGCACCAGCCCUCAUCAGCUCAGGUCUCUCCGUGGUGGAGCAAGAGAAACUGGACAACCUGAUGCUGGAGUUGGAUGGGACUGAGAACAAAUCCAAGUUCGGGGCCAAUGCCAUCCUGGGUGUGUCUCUGGCCGUGUGUAAGGCUGGGGCAGCCGAGAGGGACUUACCCCUCUAUCGCCACAUUGCUCAACUGGCUGGGAACUCAGACCUCAUCCUGCCUGUGCCGGCCUUUAAUGUGAUCAACGGCGGCUCUCAUGCUGGGAACAAGUUGGCCAUGCAGGAGUUCAUGAUCCUCCCAGUGGGUGCUGAGAGCUUCCGGGAUGCCAUGCGUCUUGGGGCAGAGGUGUACCACACACUCAAGGGGGUCAUCAAGGACAAGUACGGCAAGGACGCCACUAAUGUGGGGGACGAAGGUGGCUUUGCCCCCAAUAUCCUGGAGAACAGCGAAGCCUUGGAGCUGGUGAAGGAAGCCAUUGACAAGGCUGGCUACACAGAAAAGAUCGUGAUUGGCAUGGACGUUGCUGCCUCUGAGUUUUACCGUGAUGGCAAAUACGACUUGGAUUUCAAGUCUCCUGCUGAUCCUUCCCGAUACAUCAGUGGGGACCAGCUGGGGGCACUCUACCAGGACUUUGUUCGGAACUAUCCUGUGGUCUCCAUCGAAGACCCAUUUGACCAGGAUGAUUGGGCAGCUUGGUCCAAGUUCACAGCCAAUGUUGGCAUCCAGAUAGUGGGUGAUGACCUGACAGUGACCAACCCAAAGCGCAUCGAGCGUGCUGUGGAGGAAAAGGCCUGCAACUGCUUGCUGCUCAAGGUCAAUCAGAUCGGCUCGGUCACGGAAGCCAUCCAAGCGUGCAAGCUGGCCCAGGAGAACGGCUGGGGGGUUAUGGUGAGUCAUCGCUCCGGAGAAACAGAGGACACGUUCAUUGCUGACCUGGUAGUGGGACUGUGCACAGGCCAGAUCAAGACCGGUGCCCCAUGCAGAUCUGAACGUCUGGCGAAGUACAACCAGCUCAUGAGAAUUGAGGAGGAGCUGGGGGACGAAGCUCGCUUUGCGGGACACAAUUUCCGCAAUCCCAGUGUGCUGUGAACCCUCGCUUGCCUGAAGACUGGAACUUCCAUCUCAUCCUCCUG